CGCCGCGUGAUACGGACGCGUAGUGUGCGUUAUUUUCCCGCGACUUUACCGCCAUCCCGAUAUCCGAAGUGUUGUAAAAACUUGAAAAUAGUGAUGUUUUGUGCAACAAUGACGUCAUUCAGUGUCAACUUUUAGUGAUAUUUGCGACUGCAGUGUCAUUAUUGUGUUUGAAAAGUUGUGAAGUUAUUUUACGUCACACGGAUUUACAAGUUGACCGGUGUUUAGUUAGUGAAUUAAAUUGGAGACACGGAGCUCACAAGCAGUUUAUGGUGAGUGCACCACGUGCUGCUUAUAGCAGACUCUUUUGUCAUCAAACAGGACUGCGACUGGCAUACAUCGAGCUGAUUCUCCGCACUAUAAAACCAGGUACGUGGAGCCCCAAAUCAACAAUGAGUCCUACUCUCACUCUCUUCUGCAUCUUCUUCUACGCUCUCCUAUCUCCUUUGCAAUGCGGCACUUCAUCCAGCGCUGAUGAUGAUAGGAGAUGGCUGGUAUCUCUAGUUGACCUGGUGGAGUUGGAUUAUGUAGACCAUUGUGAACAGAGAGCCAAUGCUGCGUGGAACGAGCUCACUGGGAACAGCAAAGGAUUGGCGUCAAAGUUGGAGCGCGACAAGACGUUCGGCAUGUUCGUGUGUCAGCAAACCAAUGACAUCAAGAGCGCUCUCACCGCGCAUGCGCUCUCUGCAGACGACCACGUGCUCCGGCGCAAGGUGAAACUGCUGUUGCAACCUGGAGAUACCCUGCUUGAUACUGAGCAGUGGAUAAGGCUCGUCACAUUUGGCGAUAAUGCCCAAAACAAAAUAAGAUUUGCCACCAACUACGACUGUGGGACUGCCACCAACUGUACGCUAAAAGAAUUACACUACUACAUGGCCCGCCAGCAAGAUGAGGAGACCCUGCAUCGUAUGAAACAAUCGUGGGAGAGGAACUUACCAGAUAUCAACGAUUAUUUGGAGCACAUCCUGCCAUUACUGAGGAAUGCUUCCAAGAAAAACAACUAUAACUCCGUUGAAGAAUACUGGGACGCCCUCGGCGAGUAUGAAGGUGCCAUCUUAAAAGCAAGAGAAUUGUGGGAGAAUAUCAAACCUCUAUACUUAAAACUUCAUAAAUAUGUCGCACUUAGGCUAAAAGGUUCUGAUGCUGUGGGCAAGCCUUUACCAGUGCACCUUCUGAGAUCAUUAACGGGUGACGACUGGUCCAAUCUCAUAGAGAGUCUGCUACCAAAACAUCCUGGUAUUUAUCAAAAAGUACACGCCAAUCUUCAGUUAAAGAACUUGGGUGGAGUAGAAGCAUUCAAACAAGCAGCAAAACUCAUCAAAGCGCUAAACUUAGGCGACGCAGACCCAGAUAUUUGGACUGAAUCAGUGUUCAAUAGCACUUGUCCACCGACACUGGUCGACUGGUGUAAGCCAAACAAAGUUAGAGCAAUUACUUGUAAAGAUGUCAGUAUUGCUAACUUUAUAGAAGCUCACGAAGCUGUCAUGAAGAUUGUCUACAAGCAGACUAUUAAUUUACAUAGCAACAACACUUAUAUAUUAAGAGAAGCGUCUCGCUAUUCUGCUGUGUAUGAAGCUAUUCCUGGUUUUGUGUCGCUGCUCUCCGUCAACCCACAUGCGCUAAGUAAAGCGGGUCUAUUCCCCGUGGAAACUUUCAACUACAACGCCAAUCAUCAUCGUCUGGUCCUACAACUAAUUAUGGCUCUGAGAGAUUUGCCGAAACUAAACUUCUACUUGGCAGCUGACGAAUGGAGAAUAAAAGUUUUAAUGGGAGCGAUACCGUACGCGAAAAUACCAAGUAGUUGGAGCGAUUUCCGUAAAAAUUUCUCCAACAUAGAAACUGCGGACAGUGAUUUCCUCGGAGACCCAUACAUGAUGUUUAAUAAACCUUUUAUUGGAAAAUUCAUGGGUUUAAUUCUAAAGUACCAGAUCUAUCAAUCUUUUGCUGAAGAACUUAUAUCGGAUGAUUCGGAUUUAAUAAAACACGUUGCUGAGAACAACGAACGAUUGAUAGACGCUAUGAUGCAAGGUUACGGAACCGUCUGGCCUGAAAUGGUUAGCGAUCUGCUAGCUAAGCGAGAAUACGGACUAGAAUACACAGGCCUGACAGAUUACUACAAAUUCUUGGAUGAAUACCUAGACAACCAAUUAGAACCAUCAACGGACAGCAGUACCUCGGACGAUUAUGUAGAACCUGUAGAACCCGAACCCGUGCCAGAAGAAAAUGAAAUACCAUCUUCUGCCGAAAACCAGGAAAGCAAGAAAGUAGAUAAAGUAGAAACACACGAAGAUAUUGUAGAUAACGUAAUCGAUACAGGUGAUGAAUCAAAUUCUAAGUUUGGCGUCGAAACGUCUACAGUAGGAGUUUUGGAGAUAAAGAAUCCUGUCGCACCUGGGGACCAAAAUGAAGUGAAUACGAAGGAAGCGUCGUAUAACACGUAUUGGUGGAUAGGAAUAGCGGUAGCCCUGGCGGUGGUUGUGAUAUUAAUAGCAAUAAUAGCGAGGAAGCGUCACAACCAUAGGAAACAGCUGGAGAGGCAACGAAGAAACAACUCGCAUGCCUGAUUUGAGGAAUAUCGGUUCUAGAAGUUGAACCGAUAUAUGGACACUGAGACUAAAUAUAGUGAAAUUGUGCCAACAAUUGAGUGGAGUUCAAAGACGUAUUUCUGUUCAGUGUAUCGUUUCGAGUUAUCUGGUUUUUGUUCGGGAACUUAAGUUGUUUAGCAGUGUUUAUUUAUACAGUUCUGUAUUAUUUAUUACUUUCAUCACACAAAUGCAUUUAAAUGUAUACAGUGUAUACUCAGAAUGUAUUUAAUUCAAUUUCGUAAUAAUAAUGCUAGGUUAUAAAGAUGGAAAUAUUUUUGUACAUAUCACAAUUUGCAAGAUAGAAUAAAAUAUUGUUACCAAGAGUGUCUAUAUAGUUGUAUGUUAUAGUUAGAUGUAAUUUUGCUGUGCCUUAAGCGUCUCAAUUUCUAAUAAGUAAGAUGCAUAAAAUAUGUUAGGGAUUAUUAUCAAAUUUGUAAAAAUAAUGUAAUUUUAUAAAGUCUCUAUUUACCUACUGUCAACUAUUAACAUUUUCCGACCAAAUUUUAGUUUAUUACCUACAUAUUGUUAUAUUUUAAUUUUAAUUACAUUUGAAUGUUCUAUUUCUAUAUCUGUAAUUAAUUAUGUAUAAUGUUUUAAUUUGAUGUUGCUCGUAAUUUAUGUGUUUAUGAUACUUUACUGUGGUAAAGUGGGGAUUAGUAUAUUUGUGUCAACAAUGAAAACAGAGAAUAAUAAAUGUUUUGAACAUAAAA